GACAGCUUUCUUUACCAACCAACCUCGACUGCCUUCUCUUGCCGACGACUUUUCCUCGUAUUCUGUCCGACUGACGACUCCUUUUGCCUCUCUCUCUCUCUCUUCUCUUAACCCUAAAAAAAAUUACCACGUAAUCGGACGAAGGGCAAAAAGAUCUCCCUCGCAGGCCUAAACAUCCCUCCUUUAUAGCGUCGGCUCGCUCCUGUGGACGAGACCAAGGGCGGGAAGUUCGAAAAGCUUCCCCCAACCGCCUCCUCUUCGUUGCUUCCAUGGACAGGAUCGAAUCCUCAAAAGCGCAGUUGCCGGUGGAGAAUUCUGAGGUCUUGGAUGAAAUGGCAGGUACUUCAGCUUAUAGGUCUUUGCCAUCAAGUAGAAAUUCUAAGGGGAAUGAGAACACCGAGAAUGACUCGGUUUUUUAUGAAAAGUUUCUCCUUGAUGAUCUGGAUUCUUACUUGGAUGAGAUAAAUGACCGGCUCAGCAUUUCAAGAAUGGUGAGUGAGUCAGUCAUGAAGGGUAUAGUAAAUGCUGUGGUUGAAGAAGCUGCUGAGAAAAUUGAUUCAAAGGAAGCAGAAAUAGCUAGCUUGAAUGAGAGGUUGUGGUCUUCUAAAUCUGAUGCAGCUAUAAGCAACAGGUUAGCAUCAUUUGUGAUGUUGCCAGAAUCUUUUGUUGAAAUUGAGAAAACAAAAUCGGAGUUGCAUCAGAGCUGUUUAGAUGCAAGCAUAGAUUUGAAUUAUGCAAAGCAUUUAAGCAGAUUAAAGCUUGCAGCAGAAGAACAACUUAAUAGGCUUCAAGAGGAUCUUCAGGAUUUAAAGACCUCGAACUCUCAUGGUAGAAUAAAUGCAGGUUCCAUGGAUUCAGGAACGUUUAGCAUAUUUCCUAAAAUAAAAGCUGAUGAAAAAUUGCUUGAAAUAGAUGAACAAAUUGAUGGUCUAAAAAUAAUGCUAGCAUCCGGAUUUGAACAAAUUAAUGACAUAUUUUGCUCGAUGAAGGCUUCAAUGUGGGAGCAGCAAUGGGUACAUGAAUUUCAGAGGGAAAUCAGUAAUUUCAUGAUUCAGAAUUAUAUUAAGGGUCUACAUGAUGAGUUUGAAACAAAAUUGCAUGAGCAAAGAGGACCGGUUAACACCUUAAUCAAGAGUUGCCAGGAGAAAUUUGCAGAGCUAGCUACCGUGCGUGAAGAACUAGAUGCUAUUUCUAAGUCAUUGCUCAGCUCAGAUAACAGCCAUGAAAGUUUCGAGGAAUGGAGUGUUGCAAAAAGAAAGGAAUUCUUUCCUGGAAAAGUGUUAGGAAAUCAUCAUUUGCCAUCUCAUCCCGAGGAAAAUGGAAGCACCAUUAUGGAGAAAUCUGGGGACUCUGGCAAAGCCAUGAUGGAGGUUGCUGAUAUAUCCCAACUGAAGCACAUGACAAAAGAAGAACUGGUGUCUUACUUCAGAACUGAAAUGACCAAGUUGAGAAGACAACAUGAAUCAGCUUUGCAAGAGAAAACAGAAGAGUUGUUCAGACUCAAGAGGGAAUUCCUCAAGGAAAAGGGUUCAUUACCUUUUAGAAAAGAUAAGGAGUCUGAACUUCUAAAGAGAAAAAUUCUAGAAGUCAUUUUGAAACUCAAUGAGGUUCUCUUGGACCAAGAGAAGCUGCCUCCAAUCCAUGAUGAUCAUGAUGAGUUAUGUCAUUUGAAGGACAGAAUUGAUUCCUUGUUUUUAGAAAAUCAGCGCCUACGAAGUUUGCUGUUGGAUAAAAGUAGGGAGGUCAAACAUCUGUAUUCACAGGUCUCUGAUGCAGCGAGCCAAAUGUCGCUUCACUCAUCUGCAGAGGCUAACUUUCUGAAACAAAUUAUGAAAUUAAAAGGAGAGCUGGAAGACUUGAAGAUGCAAACUAACAUUAGAGAUGAAUUUUAUAAUAUUCUGUUAAGGGAGUUGAUUUGUGAGCAUCAAUGCAGGAUGGAGGAUAUAAAGAUUGAGACCAUUUGUCUGCAAGAGAUUUAUGCUGUUAUAAUUAAAGGAGUUGCUUGGGAUGUUGUUUCUACCAUGAAUCCUACUAUAUCAAAAUAUUAUACGGAAAAGGCUUCUCUUGAAACAAAAAUUUUGGAAAAAGACAAGGCAUUAGGAUUAGAAAUUGAAGAGAACCAGAAGUUAAAGCAGACUAUAUCAUCAAUAUCCACAGUGAUGAAGGAGAAGGAAAAAUUAGCAGUAGAUACUGGAUCCACACUGAUGCAGCAGAAGAAGCAGUUUGACCUAGUUCACCAGGAACUUAGUCUGCUUAGAGACCAGGUAUGCAAGCAAGAGGUAUUGAUAUCAGAUUUCAAGAAGGAAUCACAUUCAAUGAAGAGUAGAUUGAAUGAGGCUUUGCAACAACUUCAUCAAUAUGAGUUGGAGAUAAACAAGCUAAAUGAAAAAUUGAAGAGUGCAACAGAUGCCUUGGAGGAAGCAGGAAAGCAGAAAGCCAUGCUUCAUGAUAUAGUUGAGAAGAAGAAAAAGUCACUAUCAUUAUCUGAUGCUAAGGGUAGAGUGCAAGCAAAGCAGUUGGAUUGCACUAUUGCCGCUGUGAUGGAGUUAUCAAAAGCGGUUGUAGACUUUGAAAGCAUAUUGGCAGAGAAAAUCAAAAGCACUGAGUCUAGGUUAAAAAGACUGAGUCAUCAGUUUGAGCCACUAGUGAAACGGGCUAGCCUUCUAGAGAAAAAGGAAUCCUGGUACAAACAAAUGCUUGAAAUCAGAUGUUCUAACCUCCAAAAGGCUGAAGCUGAGGUUGAUCUUCUAGGGGAUGAGGUUGAUGCUCUUCUAGGUCUUCUGGGAAAGAUUUACAUAGCACUUGAUCAUUACUCUCCAAUAUUGCAACAUUAUCCUGGAGUGAUGGAGAUUUUAAAAUUGGUUCAAAGAGAACUAAAAGGAGAAAAUAUUUAUAAUAGUUGAUCUAUUGCUGUGCCAGGUUUAGACAGGUUCCAUGGAUUUUUUUUCCAGCAAGCAUAGGAUGCAGUGUACAUUUUCAUGUGAGCAUCUGUCAAGAGCCAUAGUAUUCGUGUUAAUAUUUCAAGGAAGCAGUCAUUACCAUGUCAAGGAGUCAGAACUAGCAGUGGCCGAGCUAAGCUAUUCUUGGUGCAAUGGUAGCUGUAUGGGCAGGUAGAUGCUUGAAGUUGCUGGUAAGUGCUUUUUGGUGUUGGCUUCGUUUGUUGAUCAACUGCAAUUAAAAGUUUGAGAAAAUGAAAGGAAGCUGUUGGUUGCUUUCCAUCUCACGUGGAAUCAUGGAUAUCAUGCAAUGCAAGCUCAAUCGUAUAUGAUGUAAAUGCUGGUAUAUUUGUUCUUUUUGCAGUAAAUUAUUUGUUUAUUUACACGAAUAGCUUGUGGAAUUUGCUUGUAAUCCAUUUGAGGGCUUUUUGAUUGGCCAAGCCAUAUCUUGCAUCAUCCUCUCAUUUAGCAAUUGAGAUGAUCUAGUUGAUGCAAGGCCAUUUUCACAUAAUACAAGGUAAAUUUAAUUUUAGUCUACAGAUGGAGGACAGAUUUUAAAUUAAUGAUUUCUUCCUUAUUCUUUUAGCUCCGGCUGAUUGUAUAUUGCAACAUUCAGUGGAAACAAAGCAAUGUAAAAAGAAAUUUUGGUGAACUUUCUGAAGGAAAAUAGAUUAGCAACUGUGACCUAUUGCAGUGUCUUGAUUCCAAUUCAAGAUCUCAUAACAUUUAGACAAAUAUAUGGAGUAGCUUUAUGAUGUA